AAAACAACCCUGAAUAGCCUUCUAGAAAUCAGAGAGAAAAAUAUUAAAAAACAGAGAAAAGCUUUGCUUUCUUUUCCAACAAUCUCCAAAAUGGGAAUACUCAGAACAAAACGCUUCACUCUCCAAUUUCUGAAGCCCUUUCUCUUCAUGCUCAUCGUUCUUGGUCCUACCACCGCACCAACCUCAGCUGCUGAUUACACCACCCUGGUCUACAAGGGUUGUUCACAGCAGAAGCUUCAAGAUGGGAACUCCGACAAUCUCAAAACGCUGCUAUCUUCUCUGGUCGCCGAGUCAGGGCAAAAGGGUUUCGCCGCCAUAACCGCCGGGAACGCUGUCUCCGGCGCGUACCAAUGCAGGGGUGACCUGUCAAACUCCGACUGCCACUCCUGCGUCAGCGAGAUUUCCAACUCGCUCGGCCGACUCUGCGGUGGCGGUGACGUGGCGGCGGCGCGGGUUCAGCUCAGCGGGUGUUAUCUCAGGUACGAGGAUGUCGGGUUCAAGCAGGUGUCGCAGGAUCAGCUGCUGUACAAGGUGUGUGGCUCCAGGAAGGUGGUUGACGGCGGCGGGUUUGAGGCUAGGAGGGAUGCGGCGUUUGUGAUGGUGGAGAAUGGGUUGAAGAUCGGUGGGGGUUUGUUCUACACGGGGAGUUAUCAGUCUCUGUAUGUGCUAGGGCAAUGUGAGGGGAAUUUGGGAAGUGAUGAUUGUGUUGCUUGUGUGAAGAGUGCUGAGGAUGUUGCUAAAGCUCAGUGUGGUGAUUCGAUUUCUGCACAGGUUUAUCUGUAUAGCUGCUAUAUCAGUUAUAGCUUUUACCCUAAUGGAGUUCCCACCAUCGCAUCUUCUUCUCCAGGCGGGCAUCAACACACUUCCAGGACAGUGGCUAUUGCAGUGGGAGGUGUUGCAGCUUUUGGAUUCUUGAUUGUUUGCUUGAUGUGUCUCAAGUCAGUGUUGAAGAAAAGAAGUGGUAGCAAGUAUUGAGGCUGAAUCUGGAUUGUAUAUACCUCAAGGAUUCAAUGAUGCAUAGAUCUAGUUUUGACAUCUUAGUUGGUGAAUGAAUAUACCUUAUGCCUUUGUAUAGCUCUGCUCAAAGGGGAUUAAAGUGAAAUUCUUGUUUAGUGAAUGAAUCCGAUUUGUGGUAGGUAUGAAUGGGGAGUUUGAAACAGAAGUUUAUUGGCUGGUGUGUGAUGGAUUUCUGUCCCCACCAUAUGACUUUUAACAAAUGAGAAUAUGAGAUCACACCUUUAUUUUUA